AUGCAUAUAGAGGAUUUAAAGGAGGAAGAACAGGGGGAAUUAUCGGGUGGUGGUAAGGUGUUGUUUAAAACUGAUGGGGACAUGGUGGUGUCUCGGAAUGCGAAGAGAGUUCUGGUUGGAGCUGGGGCGCGAGCGCUCUUUUACCCGACGUUGCUUUAUAAUGUUCUCAGGAAUAAGAUUCAGGCCGAGUUCCGGUGGUGGGAUUGGAUUGAUGAGUUUGUAUUAUUAGGUGCUGUCCCAUUCCCAUCUGAUGUUCAUAGGCUAAAGGAGCUCGGCGUUUCUGGAGUUGUCACCUUGAAUGAGUCAUAUGAGACUUUAGUUCCAUCAUCUCUAUAUAAAGCUUAUGGUAUCCAUCAUUUGGUGCUUCCCACGAGAGAUUACCUCUUUGCUCCAUCCAUAGUCAAUAUAUGCCAAGCUGUAGAUUUCAUUCACGAAAAUGCAUCCCAGAAGCGAAGUACAUACAUCCACUGUAAGGCUGGUCGGGGACGCAGCACUACCGUUGUCAUCUGUUAUCUAGUGAGGUAUAGGCAGAUGAAGCCUGAUGCUGCAUAUGAUUAUGUGAAGUCAAUACGACCUAGGGUCCUCUUAGCAUCUUCCCAGUGGAAGGCUGUCCAAGAAUUUUACCAUCUCAAGAUGAAGGCUAAUAGCUCAAGCCAGUUGACUGGUCUAUCCCUAAGUCCAAGGUUCUUGGCAAAGCAAGAUCUCUUUGCAUUUGACGAUGGCUCUGUAGUUGUCGUCACGGAAACAGAUGUCGAUGGAUAUGUUCCAGGAAACGAGUCUGGCAUUGCUGGAAAUGAGAUAUGGGCAGAUGUGAAUUUAAUAUACCGAGUUAAAGUUGCAGGUGACGCAGCUUUGGCCAGACUCUCCGGACUGUGGUUUAUUUGGAAUUCUCGUCAAAAGAUUUCAAGCAAGAAGCUAUCUAGUGAUGGUGGUUGUGUAGUUAAUGGAAGCAACUAG